AAAGAGCUCUUCCGCCGCCAUUUUAAAUCCAGCUCCAUGCAACGCUCCGCCGCCGCUGCUGCCGCGACCCGGACUGCACGCCAGCACCACACGGCCGACAACUCCGCCACCAUGGAGGAUAUGAACGAGUACAGCAACAUAGAGGAAUUCGCAGAGGGAUCCAAGAUCAACGCGAGCAAGAAUCAGCAGGAUGACGGUAAAAUGUUUAUUGGAGGCUUGAGCUGGGAUACAAGCAAGAAAGAUCUGACUGAAUAUUUGUCUCGAUUUGGGGAAGUUGUAGACUGUACAAUUAAAACAGAUCCAGUGACUGGAAGAUCAAGAGGAUUUGGAUUUGUGCUUUUCAAAGAUGCUGCUAGUGUUGAUAAGGUUUUGGAACUGAAAGAACACAAAUUGGAUGGCAAAUUGAUAGACCCCAAAAGGGCCAAAGCUUUAAAAGGGAAAGAACCUCCCAAAAAGGUUUUUGUGGGUGGAUUGAGCCCAGAUACUUCUGAAGAACAAAUUAAAGAAUAUUUUGGAGCCUUUGGAGAGAUUGAAAAUAUUGAACUUCCCAUGGAUACAAAAACAAAUGAAAGAAGAGGAUUUUGUUUUAUCACAUAUACAGACAAAGAGCCAGUAAAGAAAUUGUUAGAAAGCCGAUACCAUCAAAUUGGUUCUGGGAAGUGUGAAAUCAAAGUUGCACAACCCAAAGAGGUAUACAGGCAGCAACAGCAACAACAAAAAGGAGGAAGAGGUGCUGCAGCUGGUGGACGAGGUGGUACUAGGGGUCGUGGACGACGUCAGGGCCAAAACUGGAACCAAGGAUUUAAUAACUGUUAUGAUCAAGGAUAUGGAAAUUACAAUAGUGCCUAUGGUGGUGAUCAAAACUAUAGUGGCUAUGGCGGCUUUUAUUAUACUGGGUAUAACUAUGGGAACUAUGGAUAUGGACAGGGAUAUGCAGACUACAGUGGCCAACAGAGCACUUAUGGCAAGGCGUCUCGAGGGGGUGGCAAUCACCAAAACAAUUACCAGCCAUACUAAAGGAGGACGUUGGAGAAAACAGGAGGAGAUGGCUAAAGUUAACCCAUCUUGCAGGACGACAUUGAAGAUUGGUCUUCUGUUGAUCUAAGAUGAUUAUUUUGUAAAAGACUUUCUAGUGUACAAGACACAACUGUGUCCAACUGUAUAUAGCUGCCAAUUAGUUUUCUUUGUUUUUACUUUGUCUUUUGCUAUCUGUGUUAUGACUCGAUGUGGAUUUGUGUUUAUACAAAUUUUAUUUGUAUGAUUCCAUGUUAAACCUCAAAUAAAUGCUUCCUUAUGUGAAA